AUGAAUCACUCCUUUACCACUGAUACAUUUCUAAAUCUCCUUAAGGUUGCGAAGGUAACCACCUUGCACAAAAAGGGAGCCACAGACAACGUUAAUCAUUACAAGCUUGUAGCUCAGAAUACUGGCUUGUCAAACAUCUUUGAGAAGCUUUUUUACAAUAGAUUGCUAGAGUUCACUAACAAAAACUUCUUGCUUUCAAACAAUCAGCAUAGUUUCAGGCAAUCAAGAUCCACAACUACUGCAGUCUAUGAACUCCUGCAUGCUAUGUUAAAAGCCAUAGAUGAAAAGAAAAUGGCUUCUGGAAUCUUCUUGGACCUAUCCAAAGCAUUUGAUAUUAUAGAGCACAUACGCUAUUAUAUAAACUGGAAAGAAAGGAAUUAG